CCGGUUUCGGUGUGCGGGACGCCACAGGAUUUGUUUGGUCCAGUUUGGCAACUCUAAUCGCGCCUCGUUGCCCUCAAUAUCGUUGCUUGCGUGCACCCCACGAUUCUAAUCGCCCAUCAUGAUGCUCGCCUUCGAUAGGCAUAUGAACCUCGUGCUCGCAGAUUGUGAAGAAUUCCGUCGCAUCAGGCCAAAGAAGAAGCCUGGGGAAACAGAAACACCUCCUGAACAAGAGAUCAAGCGAACGCUCGGACUGGUUAUUCUACGCGGAGAAGCAGUCGUAAGCAUAACUGUCGAAGGCCCCCCACCAGUGGUUGACGAGGACAAGAAGAACGUCCUCCCAGCAGGACCUGGCCGCGGCAUGCCUGCCGGUCGCGGUAUAGGCAUGAUGCCUCCUGCAGGUAUGCCACCGAUGGCUCGGCCUCCAGUGCCGUUUGCACCCCCUGGCAUGCCAGGUCCACCCCCAGGGUUCAGACCACCAGGCUUCCCUCCGGGUAUGCCAUUCCCACCCCCUCCUGGUUUCUCGGGACCCCCUCCCCCUGGCUUCCAACCACCGCCGCAGUAACCACCUGCACUCUUUGUUGGUCUUACAACGUAAAUAUCCGAAGGAGCCGAGGAGUAGAAGCGAGAGUAUGGCAAGUAGUAAUCUUGUCUGUUGUGACAGAUGGCAUCAGAAAAUGUACCUCCUGGUGUUACGCCCAUUAAAAGGUUUGUUCAUGUACAUGGUUACUAACGAGCAGACCGUGUUGUCUAACAACCGCAUGUCUGGGUACUACAUGGUGAAUGCAUCAGCGUUGUUUCUUAGCCCUGCCAUGGUUCGCGUUGAAAGCUCAUGCUAAGCACUUAUUGUCAUGUGUUGUCGGCCUGUUGUGCCCUUGUGACGGAGAAACCUCUCGGUAUCUAACUCCUUUGCAGCUUCCAGAAGCCGAAAACGAAAUUCUUCCCAUUAACUGCCACGUCUAUUUUAAUUGGGCAACGUGCACCAUGCUUUCCGUAAAUGACGCU